AUGGACUCAUCCGUGUCUGUUGACCAUGUUGUUCUCCGCAACAGCACUCCGACCGAGGCCGCUCGACAUCUCCGAGGGCUCAGUUCUAGCACCGCCGAUCUAGUCCCCAUAACCGCACAUCUGUAUGACGCCGUAACGCGGGGUUCCAUCCCCCAUGUUGUUUUCUCCAUUUGGACCCCAAUGCAUCACGAUGCAGAAUCCACCAUCGCCAGUCUUCGCCAAUCCGAAAGCCUGCUUGAGAGGCGAGUAGCGAUCAAGGCUUUUAUCAAAGCUUUGCGUUCGCCUGAGUCACUGGCCAAAGUCUGGGAUGCUGCGGGCGGCACGUCAGGCGUCGCGAGAUUGAUGAGUGGUCUCAGCGUUGACGAGAUCAAGUUAUUGUGCAAUGGUCUGGCUAAGACUGCCUCCUUAAGCCAAGGACAAUCAGAGAGACGCGCAAGACUGACUGAACUCGUCGAGCUCCUUUAUGCCGACAAAACGACUGACCCAAGGCCACUUCAGGUCUAUUACAAACGCAUCUUCCCAGCAUGCACCACCGACAAGGUGGCCGAGUACGAAAAGUCUCAACCCACUUGGUCGGAAAGGCAGCGCUCUAUUCUACGGCGAACACAUCCCUCCAUCUACGAGGCCAAGUUUUUGGAAUCCAUCUUCUCGAAAGACGCCAAAGAUGCCAAAGUCGAUGAAGAAAUCUGGACAAGCCUCAUCGAUAGCAAUCUUGGUUUUGCCAAACAGCUCUUGUCAAAGCUCCUUGAAAGUGACGGGCCCCUACCGAUUGAGUCUCCUGAGUUUACCAAACUUGCAGAGCAUAUUGUAAAGCGUUUACGCCGAAGAAGGCCAGCAGCUGAGAAAAGUCUUCCGUUCGAGCUCCUCGAACUUCUCGUCAAGCUUUUCAGGAGAUACCCCGACUUGACAGAAGAUCUCAACGCCCGUGUCGACGGAAUCAUAUCUUAUGUGAUUGAUUUCUGGGAACAUACCCGCACAACUCGACUCAAGGUUCAGCGAUACUUGAUUGAGCUGAUCGGCCUUGCACCUGCAUCAGAAUUCAUUUCGGCAGAAGAUAUUGUGGCAUUACUUCGAACGGUUAGCCCUGCGGUUUCGUAUCAGUUAUUCCGUCUCGUCAUCCAGAGCGCCCAACACUAUCAAUUCGAUAUUGAAGACGUUUCAGAUAAGGCCAAUGGGUUCUUAAAGAAGCUGAAAGGCCCUUGGCCUUCAGAUCUCUUCAUCUCAUUUGCCAACGAUGAUCCGGAUGCCUCGCUGCAUCUUUUUGAGAGACUAAUCGCCGUUUUUCCUGACGCCCGGUUCAUUGAGCCUUCCGAUUUAAUGAGAGAUUCCAUCUUAGAGUCUCCGAAAGAACCGGAAACCGAUAAGGGCGAUCCUUAUAUACUCGAGGCACUCCUGGUACGCAAGUCGCGAGCGAGAUCGAUUUUGGACUCGGAAUUGAUGGAACGAAUCGAAAAAAGAGUCCAGCACUGCAAAGAGAAGGCCAGCACAUCUCGCGACUGGGUUUUCCGCUCGGGUUGGUCUAAAAUAGCCUUGAAUCUCUGCGUUGCAGCUGGCUCUCAUGAGCUGUUUUCCGACACGAUUUCUUGGGUGAGGCGCUUCAACAAGGACCCUAAUACCGUGCAGAGUCUGUACUUGAGUGGUUGUUUUCUGGCCGCCGAAACUUUCGACCUACUCAGCGGAAUCCCUUCCAAUCCCACCCACCUCGAAAAGUCGAAAGACAGUAUCAAAGAAAGAGUCGAAUUUGGAAACAAAAUCUUGUUGCAUUUGCUAGAGACAGCCUCGAUGGGUUUACGAGAACCUGGUUUCCAGGAAUACCAUUGGUACCGCAUACUUCUCUUACCUAGAAAUGUUGUUGCAGCUCGGUUCCGUGGUGCAAACCGACUCCAUGAUGCCCUCCAACUGAGCGAUGACGAAAUGAUCGAUUUGCUCUGGAAGCCCACAUUAGAGUUUGCUCUUGAAGCAGAAGAAUAUCUCUUGAGACCGGGCAUGGAGCGCCUUUAUCCCCGUGAGGUCAGAGGUUUUCUUUACGAUAUUGAUUUCGAUUUUGCAAAAUAUCUCCGGCCAAACUCGUCAAUGUUCUUGAACCAACUUGCAAUGGCACGUGAUAAGAUGUGGGAGAAUUAUCGCCCCAAACAUUAUCCUGCUGUCCACGACCUGGGAGACGCCUGGCCAAGAGGGCUACCUGUGCAGUACCUAUGCCCUGACGACGUGAAGGACGUUAAAGAUAUCCCGUUUGUCUAUUCAAAGGUUGAGUCAGUUGUCUUUGCCAGCCCAGAUUCAGUGCUGCAAGAGGUUCCUACCGAAAAGGAGUUGCGAGCGGCUAUAGGACCAUUCGUCGACGAUUACAACUACGCACUCCAGGCCUACCUUAAUAGCACGGAUGACGGGGCUGAGCGCGACAACCGUAUUCGAAAAGCAUGGCGUCACGCUGUCGACAAUCUGACUGGGGAUAGAAUGACAAAGCGAGAGUCUCUGCGGUUCUGGGCCGACAUAUUCGUCGAGAGGAACGAACUGAAGCUGCCACCUGACGUAAAAGCCGAAACAUUGAGACGUCCUCAACCUGCGAUCCCGGAUGUUGAGGACCCUGAUACGCCUAAUGAAUGGGAUCCAAGAUUGUCGGAUGAAACUGGCGAAAUCGAACUUGACGAGGCGCGGGAGAUUCCAGCUACCAUUCUCGAUAUGAGGAUCAAGCAAGGCUACUCAUGGGCGUCCUCUAGUAUUCUGGAGCAAGAAGUUCUUUGGGAAGAUUCGAUAUGGACUGAAGUCGAGGAACACGAAAGUUUCUGGAGCUUGAAGCGCCACGGAUGGCCCAGCUCCUGGAAAACGAAGGACAGCCUUGCAGUGGCACUCCUACUCUUUCUCAACACCCUCGAGGGCUCAGAUACGUCAAUUCUAAAGAAAGCGUUCCCAUCCAGUACGGAUGUACGAUAUCCUGCACUUUACUUGGAUCAGUCUUUCAUGGAUGCGGUGGAUCAGGAAUACUUCGAUUACAACCAUGUCCACGAGAUGAGCAACCUUAUCAGAUUGGCGCCUGCCUCACUGCUGGCCCAAGUAGCACGAUCUGUUCUCGAAGCAGUUGAGGCUACUGAGAAAUCAGAUCCUGAUGCUCUUACACCAACCCGCCUGUGCAUGCGGCUUAUCAGGCUGGUAGCCAACAGUGACAGGCCAUCACUGGCGUUCCCAUUGAUAAGCGAUGUCAUCCUUUGCAGACCUGAUGAUAGUUCUUGGCAUCGGAAGCUCUUCAACAAGGGGUUCUUCAACCGAUUGCCUCCUAGAAAGGCCGCAGAGUUUUUGAACAACAUUACAGACAGCAUACAGACCAAACUCGAAGAGCAAGAAAACAGGAGUAAGGAAGCGAAAGAGCAAGAACCUAAUGGCCUCGUAAAAUCCCCUUCGCUGGUCAAAGUCAGCACCGUUACAAUGCUCGCAAAGCUCCUUAGUGACGCUUCCUUCUUGGAUGAAAAGACUCCCUCUGAAGUUCUUUCACGUUUGUUGGAAAAGUCUCAGCACGUCGACAUCCGAAACGCAAUUAUUGAAAGCUUGUACGGUGCUCUGGCAGGCGGUAUCUCGUCAUCAACCAAGGACAACAUUAUCUCCCUCUUGGAAAAGAAUGCGGUGCCGAUAGCUUCUUCAUUCAAUGAGCGUACCCUCGCUUCUGUCUCGUGGGAGGAUGUCGAGGCUGGAGACGACCUACCUUGCGUUUCUGUGAUGGAAAGCGAAAACGUCUUGCGUCAAAUCUUUACUACAUGGGACCAGCGGUUUUCUGAAGAUCUGGAUGUGCGGAAGAAACUGGCGGCCCUUACAUCCAAGAUAGUCAAGGAGUCGGCCGAGAAUAACCGCCGGUGGGUAGAAGUCUUUCUGAAAAGAUUUGGCUUCGAACUGCCGCCAGGGGAAGUUAUCCAUCCUGUACCUGUAAACCCAGGGAUGCUUGCCAUCUUUGGCCGUAACCCGGAGUUUCUCUCGCGUACUGAGUUUGAUAUGAUGAGAGGCAGCGUACUCGCACAAAUCUGUCCGCCACCUGGCGUUGCUGCCGUCACCAAACAAGUGCGCGACAGCCCUAGCCUGUCCGAAUCAGACGCUGGCAAGCACUGGCUUUACAUGUUUGGCGGCGGUAGCCGUGCCAUAAACCUGUGUGGCACCGACUCACUGCUGAAGACGAUGCAUCACGCCACAGGUCAACAGGUAUCCGACUCUUCUGAGCGUGUGACCUCUGACAUGCUCCAGAAAUUUGCGCUUGAAGUCUUUCAACAACUAAUCUACAGAGGAGAUGUGUCGCGACUUGAGUCAUUGGUCAACAGUGUCACUCCUACAAUAACCGGGGAAAAGUCUCCUGAAGCUGUGGAAUCGUGGAAGUCGAUAACACUUCCGAUCCUUCAAAAAGUCAUUGCCACCAUCGAAGAAUUGCGCACGUUGGAAUGGCAGAGAAACCCUGAGCGCAAGCCUAAGGUGCUUCCUGACUCGUUCAGGCUGAAGGUUGCGACACUGGUGCUUCCACUACAAGUUGACCAAGAAGAGGCAUUUGUGAAUGAUGUCUCAGGUCUAAUCAACGAGUUAGUAGACAGCGGAGUGCCCUACCACCACAGGUGGGAUUACCUCAAGCAGUCAGUUAUCAACAGCCAUAUAGACUGGAAGCCAUAUCUUAUGCGCUUGGCUGUCCCCACCGGCACCCUCCAUGACAUUGAUGUCGAGAAACCUACGUUGGCGAGCUAUUUGCGCAUUGAAUUUGCAAGGCACUUAUUGGAGAAUGGUUUCCCAGACGCGCCGAAGGGCAAAGCAGUUGUGGCAGCGCUGAAGAAGAUGCUACACGACUGGGUAAAGUCUCCCGUUGAGGAGUUCAGAAGACAUGCCAGGGAAGUUGUGCACACACUAAAGCAUGCUUCUGAUAAUGAGUGGUUUUCCCGGGGAGAGCCACUCCAAUGGGCUGAGACGGAAGACGGCGACAGCGAUGGUGAAGGGGACUUUGUUUAG